AUGUUAAGCAUCGCCAUUCCACACCCUACCACACCCGUCCACAACCCCCACAGUACCCUCCCAGUCCACACCCUACCACACCCGUCCACAACCCCCACAGUACCCUCCCAGUCCACACCCUACCACACCCGUCCACAACCCACCACCCACACAGUACCCUCCCAGUCCACACCCUACCACACCCGUCCACAACCCACACAGUACCCUCCCAGUCCACACCCUACCACACCCGUCCACAACCCCCACAGUACCCUCCCAGUCCACACCCUACCACACCCGUCCACAACCCCCACAGUACCCUCCCAGUCCAUACCCUACCACACCCGUCCACAACCCCCACAGUACCCUCCCAGUCCACACCCUACCACACCCGUCCACAACCCCCACAGUACCCUCCCAGUCCACACCCUACCACACCCGUCCACAACCCCCACAGUACCCUCCCAGUCCACACCCUACCACACCCGUCCACAACCCACACAGUACCCUCCCAGUCCACACCCUACCACACCCGUCCACAACCCACACAUACCCUCCCAGUCCACACCCUACCACACCCGUCCACAACCCACACAGUACCCUCCCAGUCCACACCCUACCACACCCGUCCACAACCCCCACAGUACCCUCCCAGUCCAUACCCUACCACACCCGUCCACAAGCCACACAGUACCCUCCCAGUCCACACCCUACCACACCCGUCCACAAGCCACACAGUACCCUCCCAGUCCACACCCUACCACACCCGUCCACAACCCCCACAGUACCCUCCCAGUCCACACCCUACCACACCCGUCCACAACCCACACAGUACCCUCCCAGUCCACACCCUACCACACCCGUCCACAACCCCCACAGUACCCUCCCAGUCCACACCCUACCACACCCGUCCACAACCCACACAGUACCCUCCCAGUCCACACCCUACCACACCCGUCCACAACCCCCACAGUACCCUCCCAGUCCACACCCUACCACACCCGUCCACAACCCCCACAGUACCCUCCCAGUCCACACCCUACCACACCCGUCCACAACCCCCACAGUACCCUCCCAGUCCACACCCUCCAAGUACCCUCCCAGUCCACACCCUACCACACCCGUCCACAACCCACACAGUACCCUCCCAGUCCACACCCUACCACACCCGUCCACAACCCACACAGUACCCUCCCAGUCCACACCCUACCACACCCGUCCACAACCCACACAGUACCCUCCCAGUCCACACCCUACCACACCCGUCCACAACCCACACAGUACCCUCCCAGUCCACACCCUACCACACCCGUCCACAACCCCCACAGUACCCUCCCAGUCCACACCCUACCACACCCGUCCACCACCCACACAGUACCCUCCCAGUCCACACCCUACCACACCCGUCCACAACCCACACAGUACCCUCCCAGUCCACACCCUACCACACCCGUCCACAACCCACACAGUACCCUCCCAGUCCACACCCUACCACACCCGUCCACAACCCACACAGUACCCUCCCAGUCCAUACCCUACCACACCCGUCCACAACCCACCACCCCCACAGUACCCUCCCAGUCCACACCCUACCACACCCGUCCACAACCCACACAGUACCCUCCCAGUCCACACCCUACCACACCCGUCCACAACCCACACAGUACCCUCCCAGUCCAUACCCUACCACACCCGUCCACAACCCCCACAGUACCCUCCCAGUCCACACCCUACCACACCCGUCCACAACCCCCACAGUACCCUCCCAGUCCACACCCUACCACACCCGUCCACAACCCCCACAGUACCCUCCCAGUCCACACCCUACCACACCCGUCCACAACCCACACAGUACCCUCCCAGUCCACACCCUACCACACCCGUCCACAACCCACACAGUACCCUCCCAGUCCACACCCUACCACACCCGUCCACAACCCCCACAGUACCCUCCCAGUCCACACCCUACCACACCCGUCCACAACCCACACAGUACCCUCCCAGUCCAUACCCUACCACACCCGUCCACAACCCCCACAGUACCCUCCCAGUCCACACCCUACCACACCCGUCCACAACCCACACAGUACCCUCCCAGUCCACACCCUACCACACCCGUCCACAACCCCCACAGUACCCUCCCAGUCCACACCCUACCACACCCGUCCACAACCCACACAGUACCCUCCCAGUCCACACCCUACCACACCCGUCCACAACCCCCACAGUACCCUCCCAGUCCACACCCUACCACACCCGUCCACAACCCACACAGUACCCUCCCAGUCCACACCCUACCACACCCGUCCACAACCCACACAGUACCCUCCCAGUCCACACCCUACCACACCCGUCCACAACCCACACAGUACCCUCCCAGUCCACACCCUACCACACCCGUCCACAACCCACACAGUACCCUCCCAGUCCACACCCUACCACACCCGUCCACAACCCACACAGUACCCUCCCAGUCCACACCCUACCACACCCGUCCACAACCCCCACAGUACCCUCCCAGUCCACACCCUACCACACCCGUCCACAACCCACACAGUACCCUCCCAGUCCACACCCUACCACACCCGUCCACAACCCACACAGUACCCUCCCAGUCCACACCCUACCACACCCGUCCACAACCCACACAGUACCCUCCCAGUCCACACCCUACCACACCCGUCCACAACCCACCACCCACACAGUACCCCUCCCCAGAGAUAG